GUCUCACAUUUUUUCUUCCUCUCUCUGUCUCUCUCUCUUUCUCUCCCUAUCUCUUUCUUUCUCACUCUCUCUCUCUCUAUCUCUCACACUAUCUUUUUCUUUCUCUCUCUCUCUCGCCCUCUUGUCCCACACUUUUUCUUCCACACUCUCUCUCUUUUUCUCUCUCUAUCUUUCGCUCUCUCCCUCUUGUCUCACACUUUUUCUUCCACACACUCACUCUCUCUCUUUCUCCCUCUAUCUUUCUCUCUCUCUCUUGUCUCACAUUUUUUCUUCCUCUCUCUGUCUCUCUCUCUUUCUCUCUCCCUCUCUCUCUUUCUUUCUCACUCUCUCUCGCUUUCUUGUCUCACACGUUUUCUUCCUCUCACUCUCUCUCUCUUUCCCUCUCUAUCUCUUUCUUUCACACUUCUCUCUCUUUCUCUCUCUAUCUUUCUCUCUCUCUCUUGUCUCACACUUUUUAUUCCACACUCUCUCUCUAUAUUUCUCUCUCUCUCUCUUGUCUCACAUUUUUCUUCCUCUCUGUCUCUCUCUCUCUCUCUCUCUAUAUAUAUCUCUUUCUUUCUCACUCUCUCUCGCCCUCCUGUCUCACACUUUUUCUUCCACACUCUCUCUCUCUCUCUCUCUCUCUCUCUCUCUCUCUAGUCUCACACUCUUCUCUCUCUCUCUAGUCACAAUCUUCUCUCUCUCUCUCUCUCUCUCUCUCUCUCUCUCUCUCUCUUCUCUCUCUAACGGUCCGACGGCGCAGAGUCGAGGGCGCCGCAUGCGCGCGCCACAUCCGCGCCAAUCGGGGCUUUUUAACGCGCGCCAGCAAAAAAAAAAAAAAACAACUAAAAUGUGCCAGUGCGACUCGUCCGGGUCCAGGUCGAGAGCGGGAUCCCUGGCGGACGCCGGCCGGCUGUUGGUGAAGCAGAGCACCUUGCACGGCCUGAGGCAGGUCUUCAGCGGCGGCUCCUACCCGCGCAGGGCGGCGUGGUUGCUGGCGUUGGCGGCGGCGGUGGCGCUGCUGCUCGCCUGGUCGUCCAACCGCGUGCGCUACCUGCUGUCGUCGCCCGUCUACACCAAGGCGCACAUGGCCUACGCCAAGCGGCUGGUCUUCCCCGCCGUCACCAUCUGCAACCAGAACCUGCUGCUGCCCCGACGCAUGAAGAAGACGGACAUCUUCAGCGCCGGCCGCUGGCUGGGUCUGCUGGGCCGGAACUGGCAGGUGUCGCCCGCGGCCAGAGAGGCGCUGGCGGGGCCGGGCAGGAGGAGCGACGCCCCCGCCGGCAGCGAGCCGCCCUGGUCGCCGCUCUCCCGGAUCUUGGACUUUAACCACUUCCUGCCUCCUCCCCGGGAGGCGCAGCCGUCCAUGCGGCAGCUGCUGGACCGGCUGGGACAUCAGCUGGAGGAGAUGCUCCUGUUCUGCCGGUACCAGGGAGAGAUGUGCGGGCCUCGCAAUUUCAGCACCAUAUUCACCCGCUAUGGAAAAUGCUACACCUUCAAUUCCGGCCAGGACGGGCGGCCCCUGAUGUUGACCAUGAAGGGCGGCAUGGGCAACGGUCUGGAGCUGAUGUUGGACAUCCAGCAGGAUGAAUACUUGCCUGUGUGGGGGGAGACGGAUGAGACGUCCUUCGAAGCCGGCAUCAAAGUUCAGAUCCACACGCAGGACGAGCCUCCCUUCAUUGAUCAGUUGGGCUUCGGAGUGGCGCCAGGAUUCCAGACUUUUGUCUCCUGUCAAGAACAACGGCUGACGUAUCUGCCGCCGCCGUGGGGCGACUGCAAGGCCACCCCGAUGGACUCCGACUUUUUCAGCACGUACAGCAUCACGGCCUGCCGCAUCGACUGCGAGACGAGAUACCUGGUGGAGAACUGCAACUGCAGGAUGGUGCACAUGCCGGGAGACGCCCCGUACUGCACCCCUGAGCAGUAUAAGGAGUGUGCAGAUCCGGCCUUAGACUUUCUGGUGGAGAGGGACAACGACUACUGCGUGUGCGAGACGCCGUGCAACAUGACGCGCUACGGGAAAGAGAUGUCCUUCGUCAAGAUUCCCAGCAAAGCGUCCGCCAAGUACCUGGCCAAGAAGUUCAACAAGACGGAGCAGUACAUAGCAGAUAACCUUCUGGUUCUGGAUAUCUUCUUUGAGGCCCUCAACUACGAGACCAUCGAACAGAAGAAAGCCUAUGAACUGGCGGGCCUUCUGGGUGACAUCGGGGGUCAGAUGGGUCUCUUCAUCGGCGCCAGCAUCCUCACCAUCCUGGAACUCUUUGACUAUCUGUACGAGGUCAUCAAGUACAAGCUGUGCCGAGGCGUGAAGAAGAAGCACAAUGGCCGCAACAACAACGACCGGGGAACUGUGCUGAGCCUGGAUGAUGUGAAACACCAUGCCUCGUGCGACAACCUGCGCACGCCGUCCACGUACCCGGGCAACAUGCUACCUCAUCACCCCGCCCAGGGAAACUUCGAAGACUUCACCUGCUGAGCGCGGCGACGUGGGAGUGAAGCGUGCGGCGCUGCAACCAAAGUUGACCACACAGCAGGACUAUCGGCCGCCAAGAAACUGACGCUCACAGACGCACUUUUGUACGCGACGGCCCGGAGGAACUGUCCGCCCGGACCUGAACGUGAGCGUUUCUGAUCCAUUUCAUGCAGGACUCUUUGUUUAUUUACCCUGGCGGAGCACUGCCGCUAAGAGAGACGCCGCGCCGAGACGGACCCGCCGUAAAAACAAAAGGGAAAGUGUACAAAUAUCUUGUGGUAGAAAGAAAAAAAAAAGACGCUUCAUAUACGUCACCAGUAGAGGGCACACAUCCUUCCUUGCUUACAGCACAUGUAGCCACAUCUUGGUGUGUUCACAGGCAGCACUGGCGGCCAACAACAACUUCAGGUCCCAUCGUGUAAUGCGGGGGUGUCCACACUACAGCUCAUCGAGACGUAAACAGGAGUUUAAUAAAGACCCUGUCCCCCCCCCGGGUGUUUCCAAAUUAAUUUGGAGUAUCUGACAAUCUGAAAAAAUGCCGCUCCCUGUUGGAAUGUGUGAAUUUAAGUGGAUUAAAUACAGCAUUUGUUUGUAUGGCCCAAUCCAAACAACCUUCCCUAGUCAUGGCGCAAAAAAAGAAAAUGCAACCGAUGCAAAAAGUCUACACACAUAACACAACCUGCUCACUGAACUUUGUGGAUAUUAUCAAAACACAUCCACGCACAAAAAUGAAUUCAGGUUAAUAACCAUAAACAGGGCGCAGCCACCGCUGCUGCUUACUGCUCCCCUCACCUCCGUUGAGGUGAUCAAGGGUGAUGGGUCAAAUGCAGAGAAUAAUUUCGCCACACCUAGUGUGUGUGUGAGACAAUCAUAGGCACUUUAACUUUUAAUUUUACCUCAAUUUGAAUUAGAAGUGAAAUCGUAAAGCAUUUAUUCAUAUGACCCAAUCCAAACAACCUUCUCUUAUCAUGGUGCAAAAAAAAAAUGCAACCAACACAUAAAGUCAACACACAUAACACAACCUGCUCACUGAACUUUGCGGAUAUAAGGAAAAAACAUGCACGCGACAUAACAAAAUUCUAAAUUCAGGUUAAUGACUAUGAAUUGUGUUUGAAGUGAAUCACUACAGCAUUUAUCAUUAUGAUCAAAUCCAAACAACAUUCCCUAGUCAUGGUGCAGAAAAAAAUACAACCCACACAUAAAGUCAACACACAUAACACAACCUGCUCACUGAACUUUGGGGAUAUCAGCAAAAAACGUCCACGUGCCAUAAAAAAAUAUUAAAAAUUCAGAUUAAUGACCAUGAAUCACUACUGCAUUUAUUCAUAUGACCCAAUCCAAACAACCUUCCCUAGUCACGGCGCACAAAAAAAAUUAAACCAACACAUAAAACACAACCUGCUCACUGAACUUUGUGGAUAGUAGCUAAAAACGUCCACGCACCAUAAAAAAAUUCACAAUUCAGGUUAAUGACCCUGAAUUCAGAUUUGAAGUGUAUCACUACAGCAUUUAUUUAUAUGACCCAAUCCAAACAACCUUCCCUGGUCAUGGUGGACAAAAAGAUAUUAAACCAACAAAAAAAUCAACACACAAAACACAAACUGCUCACUCAACUUUGUCGAUUUAAUCAAAAAACGGCCACACACCAUAAAAAAAUAUCUAAAUCCCGGUUUAUGACCAUGAAUUGUGUUUGAAAUGUAUCACUACAGCAUUUAUUAUUAUGACCCAAUCCAAACAACCUUCCCUAGUCAUUGGGCAAAAACAAAAAUGAAACCAACACAUUUCAACACACAUAACACAACCUGCUUACUGAACUUUGUGGAUAUUAGCAAAAAAACAUAAUAUUAAAAUUUCCGGUUAAUGACCCUGAAUCACUACAACAUUUAUUCAUAUGACCCAAUCCAAACAACCUUCCCUAGUCAUGGCGCACGACAAAAAAAUGCAACCAACACAUAAAAUCAACACACAAAAUCCAACCUACUCACUGAACUGUGUGGAUAGUAGCAAAAAAUGUCCACGUGCCAAAAAAAUAUAUAAAAAAAUUCAGGUUAAUGACCAUGAACCACUACAGCAUUUAUUCAUAUGACCCAAUCCAAACAACCUUCCCUAGUCAUGGCGCACAAAAAAACAAAUUAAACCAACACACAAAACACAACCUGCUCACUGAAUUUUGUGGAUAGUAGCAAAAAACGUCCACGCACCAUAAAAAAAAUCAACAAUAAGGUUAAUGACCCUGAAUUCUGAUUUGAAGUGUAUCACUACAGCAUUUAUUUAUACGACCCAAUACCAAACAACCUUCCCUGGUCAUGGUGCACAAAAAGAAAUUAAACCAACAAAAAAAUCAAUACACAAAACACAACCUACUCACUGAACUUUGUCGAUAUAAUCAAAAAAGGUCCACACACCAUAAAAAAAAAAAAAAAUUCCGGUUAAUGACCAUGAAUUGUGUUUGAAAUGUAUCACUACAGCAUUUAUUAUUAUGACCCAAUCCAAACAACCUUCCCUAGUCAUUGGGCAAAAACAUAAA